UUCACACUUCCACAGAACUGCACUGGAAGUCAGUUAAACGGAGAAACAACUACUACUCUUAACCAGAUUUCACAAAACUGAAAUGCUGGAAAUGGCUGGUAAACAGACCUCAUUCUUCAUUGUGCUGUUUCUGCUGUCUCAAGUGUUGCAUAACAUCGCCAGCCAACAGUGUGGAGCCGACAGCGACCUUUACUCCAUUUACCAAAUGAUGCUCAAGGGCUACACGUUUAAAACCUUCAAGUUUCAACCAGGUACGCUGGAAUGCCGGGAGGCUUGCCUCGCUGAUGUUAGAUGUCAAAGCUACAACGUCGUCAUGUUUGUUGCAAUAUGCGAGUUAAAUAACCGGACCAAGGAGGCCAGACCCGAGGACUUUGUCAAAGACAAAGACAGAUAUUACAUGGCAAAAAAAUCAAGACGAGUCCCUCUCGGUUCCAUUCCUGAGCUGCCGGCUGAUUCGUGUAAAGAGAUUAAGGCGAUUGAAGAUCAUUGCAUUAAACACCGAUGCCAAAACGAUGCGAAGUGCGUAAACGGUCACGUGAACUACACAUGUGAGUGCAACUCAUCUGGGUGGACUGGAAACUAUUGUGAGCAAGACGUAAAUGAGUGUGCCGACGAAAAACCCGUCUGUGAUGGAAAUGCUGAAUGUAACAACAUCCUGGGAUCUUUUAACUACACGUGCAAAGAUGGCUUUUCAGGGAAUGGAUCACACUGCACUGAUAGAUAA